GGAAUUGUUAUUAUUAUUAUUAUUUUGGUAUAUCAAUUUAUUAUAGACAAAUAAUAUGACAUGUAAUACUCAAAGAUUUGCUCAAAAAGCAUUUAUACAUUAUACACCCUACUGUUUUAAUGUAACCACAUAAUUUUAUUAUAAUUUAUAUUUUAAUUUUAUACGUUAGAAAGUAAUCGGUCAUAAAAUGGAUAAUGAAUUUGUUGAUAUAUCUACAAGUCUCACAUUGCAGUUUGGAUACGGUAUAGGUCAUAUUCUGAAUGAUGUUUGUGCCAGUUUGUGGUUUACGUAUUUUUUGGUGUUUUUCCAUUUAGUUCUUGAAUUUACUGCUUCACAGUCUGGUACGUUAAUGCUAAUAGGACAAGUUGUAGAUGCUUUAGCGACACCCUUUGUGGGGUAUCAUUCAGACCAUACUGAUAAUGUUUUAAGUGCCAGAUACGGCAGGAGAAAACUAUGGCAUCUAUUUGGUACUCUAUGCGUAUUAGCAUCUUUUCCCUUCAUCUUUUCCGAGUGCCUGGGUUGUUCACUUAGCCACAAAUGGGCCCAGAUGUAUUAUUUUGCGGCAUUUAUUGUAAUAUUCCAAAUUGGCUGGGCUGCUGUACAAAUAUCACACUUAAGUUUGAUCCCAGAAUUAUCUCAAGAUGAUCAUGUAAGGACUCAUCUCACUGCAGUAAGAUAUGGAUUUACAGUACUUUCAAAUCUAUUUGUGUACAUAGUUACUUGGAUUAUCUUGCAUGUAACUGGCGAGUGUGAUAAGCAACAAGUUGGGCCAGCUGACGCAUGGAAAUUUAGAAAUGUUGUAUUCAUAGUAAUUGCUUUAGGGACAAUUGCAUCAGUAUUAUUUCAUGCAAUCGUACGAGAGAGGCAAACUCACAGGCAUCAAGAACUAUUGCUAUCCCCUAAUGAGAGUGGAGCCCAUGGCGACUUCUUACGCAGGCCAGUCAUGUACCAGGUUGCUGGGGUGUACAUGAGCACAAGGCUUGUAGUAAAUAUGUCGCAGAUACUAAUACCGCUGUACCUUCACCGCACGUUAGGAUUAGCAGCUCGCGCGUUAGCGGUGGUGCCAUUAGCGCUGUAUCUUGGAAGUCUAGCAGCCGCUGGCAUGCAGCGCUUAGCUCCGAAGUCGUGCACCAGAAAAUUUAAUUAUUUUAUGGGUUCUUUGUGUGCGCUUGCCGGUUUUGUAUGGAUCUAUUUUGGCUCAAACGACACUUACAAGAUCUAUUUUAUUUAUGUGGUUGCAGUCCUCAUAGGUUUCGGUGGGGCCGUGAUGCUGGUAACAAGUUUAGCGCUAACUGCUGAUUUAGUAGGCGCGAAGACCGAGGCCUCGGCCUUUAUAUACGGAGUAAUGAGCUUUUCUGAUAAAUUAUCUUGCGGAUUAGCUAUAGCACUUGUCCAAAAAUAUGCCGACGGAGCCGAAGAUACUUACUAUCGCAAUGCAAUGGCGUGGACGUGCGGAGCAGCGACUCUUUUGGGCCUUACGUUGACUUUGUUGUUACCUAAAAUAUCGUCGGACACGCUAGCUUUGAAUGAUAACACUUCAAUUAACGAUACAGAGGAUACCAGCACUGCACCAAUAGAUAACAUUUAGGAAUGUUCUAUACCUGCAUAAAAUAGUAAAGAAGAUUUCUAUUAUUAUCCACUGAAAUCUAGUAUUUGCUAAAUACGUGAAUGGCAUGUAGAAAUCGUAAAGGAAAUUUUACGAAACUCUUCAUUAUUGUGAUACUAUUUAAGUAUACAUAUUCCAAGGUUCUCAUUUCAUUUUUCAAUUAUUUUAUUUAUUUUCUUAGGUAUAUUCGGAAGUAAGAAAAUAAUGUAAUUAGUUAGGUACUAUUGUUUAAACCUCAGACCAACAAUAAUUGUUUGUACGUAUAAUAUGUCUAUAUUGUUAUAAAUAUUAUAUUUUGCCUUUAAAACAAUAAAAGUAUGUUGGAUGAAUC